AUGAUUGCUUCGUCUUUAAACACAAUAUCUUGUCUAUUACCUAUUUAAGUUAGUUCAAUGAUUGUACCAAGACAUCCAAUUGAAAAAAAUAUUAGUAAGAUCAUCAAGAUCGCAUACACUUAGGGCAUCAUUUAAUUUUUCCUUUUAUCAUAAUACUGUGUCGGAUACUCUAGAUCAACUGAAGCAUUUGAAUACCCCUAAUUUAAGGCUAAGUUUUAAAAAUAAGGGUUUAGAGAUUAAAUUUCGCUAUUUUUACAAGAUCUUGGUACACAGAUGCCAAUUUACGAGCCAUAGUUGAAGUAUUUGCCUUUUCCACCCUUAGAAAAGUACUCUGGAUAUGUAGGUGAACCAUGA